UUUUGUUCUAUUUUCUUCAUUUGAAUAUUUUAAGUACUUGGCUUUCUUAAAUGUUUGGUGAAAGUGAUCCCAGUAGCAGUUUUAAUAAUUUUAGCGGCCGUUCUUCCCAUACCCAUUUUCAUUCUCAUUCUGGUUAUGCUCCUCAUCCAGUACCUUUAGUUCAACUUACAAGUUGUCGUUUUCAUGGUAGCCAGCAACCAAUAACUUGUACUGGAAUGUCAGAUUCCUGUUUAAGAAAUUUGGGUUCUACUCCAGCUUCUGAUCCUUGUCGACCUUAUGGAGGAUGUGUAUCGCACUCUCAUCCAGUAACUGCUACUCCUUGUCCUCAUGCUUACCCAAGUGCACCCAGCCCACAUUUAACAUACAUUGGUGGCAUUCAUUCUGCACCUGCUGCUACCCCUGUUCAACCUCCACCAUAUUAUCAUUUUUAUAAUACUGUUACUACGUCUACAGCACAAGAUGUUUCCGCUUCACAUCCAAAUUACCCUCCAAGUGUUCCCCGUCUUAAUCCAGCACAUCAGCGACUCUGGCAUGCUCAGCAGCGUAUGCAAGAAAUGCAAAGACGCAGACUUUAUCAACAUAGUUUGUACAUGCAAAGGCAACAAGAAGCUUUAGCUCUUCAGAGAUUGAUGGAUUCUCAGAGUCAAACACCAGGACCUAACUUUUACUUAUGUCCAGAUACUGUAACUACUCCAACAGUUAGCAUUCCACCUGCUGUUAGUGCAUCUCCUACUGUUCCACCUCCAACUGGUCAUAUGACACAUCCUUUACAGUCUCUGUUGGGACCAUGUCCAUCUGCUACUGCCAAUCCAGUGGUUCCAGCUUCCACGGGUCCUACAGUAACUCCUUGUCCACCUCAGCCAGCAGCACCACCCCAACCUCCACCUGAUUUAGUAAUGGACGCUACAACUAAUCUUCCAGCAGAUGUUGGCCCCACAUCUGGCAGUAAUGAUCCCAGUCAUCCCCAUCUCCAUCAUCAUUUGCAUCAACAUCAUUAUCAUGCUCCUCCUCCUCCUCGACUACAUCAUUUUGGUGUAUUGCCUGCUAUACAUAUUGGCAUUGCAGCAGGCAUGGCUGUCAGCCAGCGUCCUCCAGAUAUGUUUCCAAUUCCUGCAAUACCUGAUAUACCACAUACAAUGCCUCUCUAUCACCAUUAUAUGCCUUUCUUAUCUCGCCAUAUGCAGGCAAGACUGGAAGAUUACAUGAGAAUUAUUGAACAGCGGCGGUUGGCUGUGAAUAGAGGUGCAUCACAAAGCACCAUAGAACGCAACACUUUUCCACAUAAAUAUAAAAAGAUUCAAAGGAGUGGUGAUGGUGAAGAUAAUAUAGAAAAAUGUACUAUUUGUCUGAGUGAAUUUGAAGAUAAUGAAGAUGUUCGCCGAUUGCCAUGCAUGCACUUAUUUCACAUUGAAUGUGUUGAUCAGUGGUUAACAACAAAUAAGCGAUGUCCUAUUUGUCGAGUGGAUAUUGAAGAACAUCUUAAGGAAUUUGCUCUGUCUUCAUGACUAGACACUUCUAAGUCCUCAUUGAUGGGCUGAAUUUUUUGUUUGCUGCUGCUUUGUACCUUAGAUACGUACAUUGCUGUGUGGUUUGUGUCCAUUUCAAGAUCUUCCAAUGUGCACCAUCAGAGAGAACUCAAAAUUAUAGCAGAAAAUUUUGAUGAUGCACAUGCACCAAUGGCUUUCAGCUUUCCAAUUCUGUCUAAGAGGAAGUAAGCUAUUAACAACAUGCAGUUUUUUGCAUUGCCCAAAUCCCAAUCAUGGAAGACAAAUUUUUAAAUUGUACAUACCUAAUUAGUAUAUUCUGACAGUUGGUGUGAUUAGGGUUUGUAUUGAUUUGAUAGGUAGCCAGUUUGCAGAGCAACAUUAAUGGCAUUAAGGCUGCCUACAAAAUAAAAUAAUGAAACUAGGGAAAGAAAUACACCAGAAAGGGGAUAAAACUAGCAAAUAACAUCAAAGAUUGACUUUUUCACAAUAAAUUGUGCUCAACUUAAUGUUGCUCAUUGUUAUUUCUUGUAGUGUUAAAUUACAAUGAAGAAAUUACUCACAGUAUAAUUAUCAGUAUGUAUUGUUUUUUACAAUAUUGACUGCAAAAAAGUUGAAAAAAAGAACAGUAAUGUGUGUAAUCUUGAAUUUUUGAUUUUUUGAGGCAAUUAUCAUUUUGUUGAAUGCCUAAUACACAUUUUGUACCAAUUGGAGACCAGUCCAUCGUGAUACAAUUGCCAACAAGUUGUAAUUAUGUUGAAGAAAUUUACACUGAUUCU